UUUAUUCGAUUAUAAAACUAAAACGAUAUUUUAUCGCCAGUUGUUCAGCCAUGCGUAUAUUAUUUUUUUUGUUCUGUGCGAAAAUAGUAUUUGGUAAUGUAUGGAAGAAUGGAAUAAUACACUACGCGAUAAACAGUAAAGAUUAUGACUUCCACUCUCAAGAAAUCAUAAUGACUACCCUGUCUCGUAUCAUGGACGAGCUCUGCGUAAAAUUUUUCCAGAGUCCCAUGAAGUACAACUCCUCAGAUACGGAUAAGAUUUUGUACAUCAGCAAUCCGGAGAAGAGGAAGACGUGCGAAACGAAUCGUUACAAUUUUAACAAACCGGUCGUUGAAAUGGCAAUAGGUUACAAAUGUUUAAACCCUCACGACAUAACAGCCGCUGUGGUCGAAAUGUUACGAGCAAGUAUAGACCCUAAAGGUUUGACGGUAAACAGCUUCGACCUCAUUAAGAAAUUUAAUGAAAAGGAAUCUUCAAGUUCAAUGUUGCUAUCGGCCAGCGACAGGAAUUACAUCAAUGCCCAUUUCAAAACGGAGUGCGGUUCGAUGUCCAAGCCUCUGUUGAUCCAAAGACGUCUUGGCUCUUUGGAUGUGGAAAUGAGCAAGGCUAACGUAAAAUACUACAAAGACAAAGUGUGGCCCCUGGGUAUAGUUCUUUACGGGGUUGAUGACGAACUAGGUAAUUCACUGGAUUAUAAGAUUCUGAGACACGCUAUGACUUCCAUUGAGAUAUCAACUUGUGUGGUGUUCCAAGAAGUCAAGACUGAUGGUGUCUUGGAAGCUAAGAGUCAAAUCUGGUUUUCGAGAGAUGGUAACGAAAUGCCCAUGUUCGGUUUUGUUGAAAACAAACAGACAGUAAAACUGUCGUCCUUCGUUAAUGGCGCCGCCGGUCACGACGCCCACGUUUACAACAACUUGUUCAGGGUUCUUGGAGUGCACAUGAUGUCGAAUAGAUUUGACAGAGAUAAUUACGUCACAAUAACUUGGCGGAAUGUUGAGAAGGGUAAAGAGCAGUAUUUGGAACGUUCACCAGAAGAGGCUUGGCUAACGCAGAUACCUUACGACUUCGACAGUAUCACCCACGCUCCAGCCAAUUAUAUGUGUGGAGACUGCUCGCUCGGAGCGGCCACCGUGCAACCCAUACAGGAUUACCUCUGGCAGAGAACUAUAUCGAUGGGCCAUUCGAAAGAAUUAAGCAAAUACGACGUACAAAUUAUCAAUAUGUUGUAUAUAACACAGUGUCGUAAACGAUUAUUUGACGUGUAAAUAUACAAUGGUUUCCAUGAACCCAUUUUAACUAA